UGCCUUUGUUUUGAAUCACUCACAACCUUCCAUUAAUGCAGCACAAGUCUGCCACGACAGAUCCAGCUCACCUCCACCACAUUGAGUCUGACUCGUCCGAGACUCAUUCGUCCGAUGAGUUCGACUGGGAGGCGGAUAUCGAAGAGCGCGUUGUAGACCUCACCAAGAAGGCCACCCGUCUGCGCCGACUUUGGUUGCUCUUUCUCAAGCUCUCUUCGGGCCUCCGUAUCACCCUCUUCGGAAUAUUAGGCUCAGCCAUUUUCAUUACUCCUUAUCUUGUUUUUCUUCUUCGCUUCCCUCAUUCGGUCGUGUAUAAGCAAGUCACAACUUGGAGCAUUUGGUUUUCCGUCACAUGGGCUGCUGGUGCUCUCACUUCUCUCGUCGUCAAUGCGUCACCACGCCUCAUCCUAGGGCUGAUACUGACAAUAUGGGGAAAGCCGCCCGAGCACAUCAAGACCUAUCUCGAGCUCUUUAUGGCGGUUUCAUUCUGGCUUAAACUUGCCCUCGACAUAAGCUGGCUUUGGAUCGCAUUGGGCCUGAUUCGCUCACAAGUCCAGCCUCCGGGACAUUAUUGGUUGUGGGUGAACAGAACUUGUAGCGCUCUUUUUGCUGCAGGCAUCCUCCUUCUGGCCGAGAAAGUACUGUUACAAUUCAUCGCUAUUCGUUUCCACCAGAAAGCUCUUGCUAACCACCUCGCUCUUCGUGCACUGGAUAAACUCUCCGUGGCGCCCGCCGCCUCCAAACCUCGCAAACGACGGGAACAGCAGUCGGUCAAACCCCACAAACACCUUGAUUCGCGUGGCAGUUCAAUGGAUAUUCUUAAUACUAUAGGUCCAGGCCAGACUCAGAAUCCAUACCAUAAUACAUCGGGUGAAUCAACUGUUGAACAUUCUAAGGCGAAUUCACCGAUCGAAAGAUCGCGCAGGAAUUCGUAUGACGAACCUGUGAUUACCGAGAAGAUAGGGAGCAAGGGGAGGAAAAAUGAUCGGGGGGGUCGAUCGAAGAGGAAAAAGAAAAAGAUAACCGCUGCAGUGAUGGAACAAUUAGGAGUGGCUAUAGGGCAGGUUGCACUGAAAAAUUCAAAGUUCAACCGCGCUGGCGAAAUCGGCUCCUUAUAUUCAGCACGGCAACUCGCAAAGCAGCUUUUCGCUAACCUUUCUUCAACGUCGCCGCGAUCGUAUCUUGUUGUAGAAGAUUUUUAUCCGUACUUCAAAAGCAAGGAAGAAGCAACAAGUGCAUUUCAUCUCUUCGACAAAGACGACAACGGAGAUAUCUCAAAGAAAGAAAUGAGAGAAGCUGUCCAGAGUAUUUAUCGUGAAAGGAAAGCGCUUACCGCCAGCCUAAAAGACAUAAGCAGCGCUGUUGCGAAACUUGAUGGCGUGCUUGUUGUUGUUACCCUUCUGAUCUUGUUUUUCAUUUGCCUGCUUAUUCUCAACCCUAACGAUACUGUGCAGUCGCUCGUACCUCUCGCGACGCUGGUGCUUGGGUUCAGGUUGCUCAUAUUCAUCUUCAGUACUCAUCCCUUCGAUGUUGGCGACCUCGUCAUCAUCGAUGAUCAAGUAUUGUUCGUAAAAGAAUUUGGACUUUUUUCGACCGUCUUCACUCGGGUGGACGGGCAAGAGAUAAUCGCUCCCAAUUCCCUGCUUGCCAGCAGCAAAAUUCUCCAUAAUGUGCGCCGUUCAGGGUCGAUGUGGGAGACAACCAACUUGAUGGUUGCGUAUGACACACCACUUCAACAACUCGAGACAUUUAAGCUAGGCUUGCGCACAUACAUGGCGGAAAAUUCACGGGAGUGGGGUGGGUGCGAAGUUUACAUUGACAAAAUGGAGUUCCAAAAUGAGAUCACACUAAUCAUAGCUAUAGAACAUCGCGCCAACUGGCAAAACUGGGGGGCUCGUUGGGAUCGCCGAACGAAGUUCAUGCGCCGAAUGAAGGCUUUGCUUGAAGAGCUUGACAUUGGCUAUUGCAUGCCGCUGCAACCAGUCAGCUUCCAUCCAUCCUCCGUCUCCGCCACGAAUGCCAGGCCUGGUCAUGUAGGAGGAGAGCGUGUGCGCGGCCAAGCGCCGGACUCCACGAUGCCGGCGCAAUAUGGGAGAUACUGAAUUUGCCAUCGCACGAUUGCAGAGUGGAGGGGUGACAUUCCUUUGUCACUCUUUGGUGCGUCCUAAGGGUCGAUACUGCAAGGUCGCCGUCACUAAUCAGCACAUUUCUUGAUGUCCGAUAUCCAUAACAGAUCCUUUUCCGUAUCAUGUUUUAGAACUUUUGAGUCCUUUAAGUGCUGUGCCACAGUAAGGCAAAAACGUCCAUAUAAAACUGCCUCCGUCGAUGUAUCCAGUAUAUUGUU